AUGGCUUUCCAUCAGCCAACUGCGAGGCAAUCUAGCAACCGCACCACAGCUCCUGUUGCACUACAAAAUAGGCCCAGUCAGCUCAAUCUUGCCAUAGAUUCGCAAGCGGCAUCUCCUGCCGCCGUCGAAGGUUCACAGACAUGGGUCCUAUUUUCACCAGCUGACGAUGCAACUACCACAACAUCCUAUCUGUCAUCCUUACAGACUCCCGGCCGGUCGCGAGCCAGCGAGCUAGGGAGCGGCAGCCUCAAUACUGUUGGAAGAUCUGAUUUGAACUCAGCACCUGAGAACUCGGCUGUGAGGUCGGUGCUGUCGGUCGAUGACGAUGAGUUGGAUGGCCUGGAUAGCCACCUGCCCGAGUUCCGAACAGCUCCGCACCAGCACUCAGAGGCAUCUCACUCUGUGCCGGUUCUACCUAGACACGAUGGCCUCGGCUCGUUCAGACUGGAUACGAGAGGGAUCGAGAACGAGAUGCAGGAGCACAUAUAUGCUUUCGAGCGUUAUAAUCCCAGGCGGCAACAGCGCCAGCGAGAAGCGACAGACCUGAACAACCUCAUGCAACUCGACCAGCUCGAGAGCGGUACCGCCGAGGCCGAGCGUAUGUCACGCAUUGAGGCAUGGCAGCAGGAACAAAGCCAGUUGCUUAUCGAAGCUGUCCGAAAGGAGACGAGGAAGAGAAGGUAUUCUGGUGGAAACCCUUUGCUUUCCCGAAGACGAGAAGCUGCAGCCGCUGCGGCGGCCCUGGAACCUACCACGCAAGGAGGCGAGUGGCACGAGCAAGACGCCCUAGCUUACGCAUCCGAGGAGGGUGAAGGUAUCUUUAGCAAACUGACCCGGAAAGUAUUACGCGAUCUGAUGGGCGUGGAUGGCCGAGUCCUCUCUAUGCUUCUGGGGGAGACUGCUUCGGAAGAGGAUGCCAGCCACUUGUCGAGUAUAGCCAAGGCACCGACAACCGACGAUGAAAUGUCCACCAUGGCCCCCGCAACAGGUGGCAGCACGGGGUCUGAACUUAUGGCAGUUUGGUCGCCACGCUUGGUAGAGCGCAUUGCUCGUGAACUCGGACUAUUGGUGCAGCGCAUGUACACGCAUCACCCAGGCGCCUUCUCGACAUAUUCUCACCUGCAACAAAUGCAGUUUCCGUAUGCCGGGCUACCAAUGAUUCCAGAAACCGAUAUUCCAUCAGGGGCAGACCCAUCCCUUCAAGAUAGUCAUAUGGCCCGGGAUGUCGACAACGACUACAAGAUUGACGCCAGCGGCAGCAUGCCCCAGACAAUGAUGCCACAAUUCCAACCUACCAUCUCCCAGCAGCAACAGGACAUGACCCAGCCAAUGGCACACCCUCGAGGAUCAAGUGAAGAUAUUGGAAAUUCAGGGGUCCCAGAGCAAGCCCCCUCGACGUUCACGCAGCAGGAAUGGGAACAGGACUUGGAUGUUAGACUCGUGUUCCGAUAUCUUCGAUCGCGAUUCUCAUCCGACGCUUCGAAAACGACAUCAUCAACAUCCACCACCCGCUCGGCGUCGCACCACACAACCGCAGCUCAAGAGGCGGCCGCUCGUGCCGCACGUGUCAGGCUUCACCACCCCCUUCCAAACGGGGGCUUCGCCAGUCUCCCCAGUCUUGCAACACCUUCAUCAACGACCAGGGGGCAGUUGCGCAAGCCAGAGCACAACGGCAAGGUCGGCCAGGCGACCUGGCACAAGACGCAGCGGGAGCUUCAGCGCAUCAGGGGCAUCACGGCACUCGAGUCGGCAUUUCUGGGACCUCGGGUGUGGCUCAGUUGCAUCCAGUAG